UCUCUCUCUCUCUCUCUCUCUCCCUCUCUCUCCCCCCCCUUCCCCCUCCCUCUCCCUCUCUCUCAAUAAAUAAAUGAGAAAGAGUUAGGAAGACCAGUGGAGGAAUAUCUUCGCAUUUGAGAACACGGGCAGGCUUUCUAAGCACAGAAGCCAAGACUGACUUUAAACAAGAAAAAUGGGUUAGCAGAUGCAGCAUCACAAGAGCCAGGAAAGCCAAUGGCAGAUAAGAGGAAAAUAUUUUUCACCUCUGUGGCACGAAAGUAAUUGACAGAGGUGAGAGAGAAGGCGUACGGAGCUGUGGGCACACGUUUGGAGGCUGCUAUCCUCGGAAGAGAGGCUUAGUUGGUUUUGAGCCCUCGGAAAGGGCUGUGGGUGGAGGUGAGUGUGACUUCUUCGCGCCCCCGCGGGAAGAGACUUCCGCUCCAAGGAGGCGUUGACUUACAGCCGCCUGGGUGCACUUGGCCUGGAAGUCUGCCUGGUGGGGGUGGGCAUGGCCUGGAGCGGAGGUGCGGGGGGGGGGGGGGGGGGGGGGUGGGGGGUGGUAGGCGUGGAGACCUUUCAGGCCCGCCCGCCCCCGUCUGUCAGGAGCCUUUCUAAAAUGAGCACUGGCUGCACUGCAAGGGCUCCAUGUGGUCUGUUCUGCCAGAGCCUGUGGGGAGUCUUUUCCCUCUCCUUCCCUGAGGACACAGGCCAAUAUUGCCCGGAUGGUUUGAGGGCAGGGGAGGCCUGUGCUGUGGGAGGGGCAGAUGGUAAAAGCUCAUUGUAUUCCAUGGAGAGGGGCCAGACCUCCCCCCCCCCCCCCCCCCCCCACCGGGUCCGGGCUCACAAGCCCCAGCUGUAAUGUGGAAAAAGGAACUCCUGGCAGGAACAGAAUUGACCGUCAAGUUGCUGAGCGUUGCUGUUCUCUUUGGAAUUGCCUGGGUGGGUGGCAUCAUGGCACAUGCUUGGGGACCGGGGAGGCGGUGAGCUUGGGAGGCAGGCCAGCCUGCCGGUGCUGGUGACGGGCAGCAUGACUCCUUCUCCAACUUAUCUGUAAAAUGGGCCUGACGACGUGUUGCCUGUCCCUUUGGACGUAAAGGCAGUGAGCGUGCCUCACUGCCGUAGCCGGCUCACCUGGCUUGUGGCAAGCAUGAAAUGCAUUGGCUGUUCCUGCUGUUAGGGCUUCUGGAAGAGAAACAGGUCUGGCUCUGUUGCCCUCUCUCGCUUCUCUGGUCACCCGACGGGAUAGUGAGCAGAUCUUCAGUCUCAGAAUGCACAACUUUAUUUGUUUAUAUGUUUAUUUUUAUGUUUAUUUUUGAGAGAGAGAGACAGACAGACAGACAGACCCGGAAUCCAAAGCAGGUUCCAGGGUCUGAGCUGUCAGCGCAGAGCCCGACGUGGGGCUCGAACUCACAAACCGCGAGAUCAUGACCUGAGAUGAAGUCGGACACUUAGCUGACUGAGGCGCCCCUAGAAUGCGUACCUUUAAAUUGGAGAAGAUACGACUUCAUUCCAUAUGCCCCGUAUCUUCAUACACCAGUUUUCAAUGGUUCCAGCAGGUCUCCACGGGAGAAAGAACCUGUUCAAAAACACAAAAGCAAAGAAGCCACUCCCGGGAAGGAGAAGCACAGCGAUCACCGGACUGACAGCCGGAGGGAACAGGCGUCAGCGGCCCCGCCCCCAGCGGCCCCCUCCACGGGUUCCUCGGCCAAGGGGCUCGCUGCUAACCACCACCACCCCCCUCUGCAUCGGUCGGCUCAGGACUUACGGAAGCAGGUUUCGAAGGUAAACGGAGUCACUCGAAUGUCGUCAUCUCUGGGUACAAGUGCGACCGGUGCCAAAAAGAUGCGCGAAGUCAGACCUUCACCGUCCAAAACUGUGAAGUACACUGCAACGGUGACUAAGGGGACUGUCACAUACACCAAAGCCAAGAGAGAACUGGUCAAGGAAACCAAACCCAAUCCCCACAAGCCCAGUUCCGCCGUCAACCACACAAUCUCAGGGAAAACCGAAAGUAGCAAUGCAAAAACCCGCAAACAGGUGCUAUCCCUCGGGGGGGCGUCCAAGUCCACCGGGCACGCCGUCAAUGGCCUCAAGGUCAGUGGCAGGUUGAACCCAAAGUCAUGCACUAAGGAGGUGGGGGGGCGGCAGCUGAGGGAGGGGCUGCGGAACUCCAAGAGGAGACUGGAGGAGGCCCAGCAGCCCGAGAAGCCGCAGUCGCCCCCCAAGAAGAUGAAAGGGUCGGCCGGCUGCGCCGAAGCCCCCGGCAGGAAGGCGGCCGCGGCGCUCCCCGCGGCCCCGGCCCCCGCGGAGAGAGCCCCGCCGCCCGGCCACGCCAAGAAGGAGGUGCCCGAGCGGAGCUCGGAGAGGAGCCGGCCGAAGCGGGCCGCGGCCGGCAAGAGCACGCCGGGCAGACAAGCACACGGCAAGUCGGACGGCGCCUCCUGUGAAAACCGUUCUACCUCGCAAACGGAGCCCUUGCACAAGCCGCACGAGGCGGCGGCCAAGCCCGACAAGGGGGGCGGCCGGGCCGGCUGGGCGGCCAUGGACGAGAUCCCCGUGCUCAGGCCGUCCGCCAAGGAGUUCCAUGACCCGCUCGUCUACAUCGAGUCGGUCCGCGCUCAGGUGGAGAAGUACGGCAUGUGCAGGGUGAUCCCGCCUCCGGACUGGCGGCCCGAGUGCAAGCUCAACGACGAGAUGCGGUUUGUCACGCAGAUUCAGCACAUCCACAAGCUGGGCCGGCGCUGGGGCCCCAACGUGCAGCGGCUGGCCUGCAUCAAGAAGCACCUCAGAUCUCAGGGCAUCACCAUGGACGAGCUCCCGCUCAUAGGAGGCUGCGAGCUCGACCUGGCCUGCUUUUUCCGGCUGAUUAACGAGAUGGGCGGCAUGCAGCAAGUGACUGACCUCAAAAAGUGGAACAAACUGGCGGACAUGCUGCGCAUCCCCAAAACCGCCCAGGACCGGCUGGCCAAGCUCCAGGAAGCCUACUGCCAGUACCUGCUGUCCUAUGACUCCCUGUCCCCGGAGGAGCACCGGCGGCUGGAGAAGGAGGUGCUGAUGGAGAAGGAGAUCCUGGAGAAGCGGAAGGGGCCCCUCGAGGGCCACACGGAGCAUGACUACAACAAGUUCCACCCCCUGCCUCGCUUCGAGCCCAAGAACGGGCUCAUCAACGGCGUGGCCCACAGGAACGGCUUCCGCAGCAAGCUCAAAGAGGUGGGCCAGGCCCAGCUCAAGACGGGCCGACGGCGACUCUUUGCUCAGGAAAAGGAAGUGGCUCGAGAGGAGGAGGAGGACAAGGGCAUCCUCAGUGACUUCCACAAAUGCAUAUACAAGGGAAGGUCUGUGUCUUUAACAACUUUUUAUCGAACAGCAAGAAAUAUCAUGAACAUGUGUUUCAGCAAGGAGCCCGCCCCGGCUGAAAUCGAGCAAGAGUACUGGAGGCUCGUGGAAGAGAAGGAUUGCCACGUGGCCGUGCACUGUGGCAAGGUGGACACCAACACUCACGGCAGCGGAUUCCCAGUGGGAAAAUCAGAACCGUUUUCAAGGCACGGAUGGAACCUCACCGUCCUCCCCAAUAACACAGGGUCCAUCCUGCGUCACCUCGGUGCUGUGCCUGGAGUGACAAUUCCCUGGCUAAACAUCGGCAUGGUCUUUUCUACCUCAUGCUGGUCUCGAGACCAAAACCACCUUCCCUAUAUCGACUACUUACACACUGGUGCUGACUGCAUUUGGUAUUGCAUUCCUGCUGAGGAGGAGAACAAGCUGGAGGAUGUGGUCCACACCCUGCUGCAAGCCAACGGUACCCCAGGGCUACAGAUGCUGGAGAGCAACGUCAUGAUCUCCCCGGAGGUGCUGUGCAGGGAGGGAAUCAAGGUUCACAGGACCGUGCAGCAGAGCGGUCAGUUUGUCGUCUGCUUCCCGGGGUCCUUUGUGUCCAAAGUGUGCUGCGGCUACAGCGUCUCUGAGACCGUGCACUUUGCCACCACCCAGUGGACGAGUAUGGGCUUCGAGACGGCCAAGGAAAUGAAGCGUCGCCACAUAGCUAAGCCGUUCUCCAUGGAGAAGCUCCUCUACCAGAUUGCACAAGCGGAAGCAAAAAAGGAGAACGGCCCCACUCUCAGUACCAUCUCCGCCCUUCUGGAUGAGCUCAGGGACACGGAGCUGCGGCAGCGGCGGCAGCUGUUCGAGGCCGGCCUCCACUCGUCCGCCCGCUACGGCAGCCACGACGGCAACGGCGCCAUGGCGGAUGGCAAGAAAAAGCCUCGAAAGUGGCUGCAGCUGGAGACGUCAGAGAGGAGGUGUCAGGUCUGCCAGCACCUGUGCUACCUGUCCAUGGUGAGCCCGGGCGAGCGGCCGCGGGUCGGGACGGUUUUCGCCCCUGCCCCUGUCCAGUGCACUGCCCUGCGGAGUUGGGGCCGUCUUGGGUCAGGACGGACGGUUCCCCCCAGCGGAGCAGCCCUGCUUCCAGCCUCCUGGCCUCUGGCGGAAGCUGCUGCUCCUGCGGUCGUCCGCCCCGCUUCCGUCCUCGUUGGCUUCCACAGCGGCCCCGCCAGUGUCCCCGGCCCGCCCAGCCCUGGGCUUAGCCGUGCUCGUGCGGUCACCGUGUCUCCCCACGGCCGUCCCAGGCCAGAGCGGGGCUCGGGCACCUCAGGGGAAUGGCCGCCGGGCUGGUGUGGCCCGUGGGGGUGGCCGCCCCCACACAGGGCGGUCUGGACGCCGUGCACCUCUGCCCGGUGCUCACGGCCCUCCAGCGACGGGAGCUUAGUGUCCUCACACCCGCGGUGGCACUGACGUCCCACGUGGUCGCCGAGGCACGGGGCAUCAGGCACACCCCUGUCCCCCUCCUGGCCUCGUGCCUGGAGGACGCCGCCUCACCCCGUGUCCCCCAGCCCUCGGCCGGGUGCCCUGCAGAGGUGGGGGACCCCCAGCUGCACCCAUGCAGUCCGAAGGCUGAGAGAAGGGGAGAACUGCGUCAGUCCGCACCGCACGCAGGGGGCUUGGACGACCGUCCCUUCCCUCCCCUCCCCUCCCGUCCCCUCCCCUCCCAGCUCUCGAGGCCGCGAGUCUGGGCUCCAGGAGGCGCUAGUGUGGGUUUCGUCCGAGGCCUCUGGGUCCUUGGCGAGCAGAUGGCCACAGUCUCCCCGGGUCUUCUUCACGUGUGCCCUCCCCCACCCCUCACCCGGAGGGUCUAGGUCUUAACCCCUUCUUGUAAGGACACUAGUCCUACUUGGGCCGGACCCUCCCUGCGACCUCGUUUUACCCCAGUCGCCUUGUUCUGGGCCCCGCCUCCAAAUACAGUCCCGUUCUGAGGUAUUGGGCGUUAGGACUUACCUGAUUGGGGGCGCGGGGGGAGUGGGGGGGAUAGAAUGGCAUGCACAGCGGCCACACACGUGCACACGGAUGCUUCCCAACUUAGGACGUUUCCACUUUGCGAUGGUCCAAAGCUGGUAGGCAUUUCGUGGAAACUGUACUCGGAUUUUUACUUUAGAGCCGCGCCCUCACCCCCCCGCGAUGUGCCACGGGGUCCCCCGUGUGACGCAGAGCAGCGGUGACCGCGGCUCCCAGCCAGCUCUGCAGUCACGAGGCUGAACGGCCGAUUCUCUCACAACCGCUCUGCCCCAUACAGCCCUUCUGGCCUCACGUUCAGCACGGCGUUCAAGCAGUCACACGGGACAGUCAGCGGUGUCUUGUCACAUAGGCUUUGUGCUGCGGGACUGGGCCCAGUGUAGACUGCUGUCGGGAGCACGCGUCGGGGGGCCCGGCCGAGCCGUGCUGUCCGGGAGGUUAGCUGCCUAACGUGCAGUUUCAGCUUUAGGAGGUUUUCAGCUCUCAGCGGCUCGAUCGGGGUGUAGCCCUCUUAGAAGUCCAGGAAGAUCUGUGUUUUCUUCCGCCUUAGUCUUUCUUUUCCAAGGCGUUUCUGAGGAGAGAAAAUCAAGAGCCGUGCUCUCUGAGAGAAAGAAAAGCAUAAGCAUUUCCCCGGGUCUUAAAAAUGCUUUGUGAGCAUGGCUCAUAAAAGCCACAUAGUCCCGUGGGCGUCCCUCUUGUGUUGGAACGGAGUUACUCCCGUGGGAAAGUGUCCCGUUACUUCCCACGACCGUGAACAGCACUGUCACGACCUCCGUGCGGGGCACUGGCCUGUUCCCGUGGGUUUGUUUUCGGGCUGUCACCAGGCAUUUCCUAGCAGCCUGACUGUUGUUUUAAGAAAGCCUACGUUGCAGUGCCUCCGUAAGCAUCUGAUUCUCGCUUUCGGCUCAGGUCAUGAUCUCACGGUUUCUGAGUUCGAGUCCCAAGUAGGGCUCUGUGCUGACCAUGUGGAGCCUGCUUGGGAUCCUGUCUCCUUUUUUCUCUCUUCUCUCUGCCCCC